UAUAACAUAGCAUGGGGCCUACAGUUUGAAUGUGAUAUAUUUUUGGAAACUAUUUUAUCUCUAAGAAAAACUUGCUUCCUGGAGAAAAUAUUACUGCUUCUCUCCAACAGGAGCUGAGAAGUAAUAUGGCAACAGUCAAUUAAAAUGCAGGGUGCAAGACCAAAGAGGGUGUCAGACUCUGCAUUAAAAGUCCAGCAACAGAAGUUGCAGAUACAACCAGUGCUGGCUGUGAAUGAUAAAAGGAAGCCAUCAGAAUCUGUGGACACUUUCAUCAAGCAACAGGAAUACCCACCCCUCAUGCAGGCGAAAUCAUGGACAAAAUCUGUGCCUGAGCCCUUUGAGUCCUGCAGACUAGGUGAAUGUGUAAGCAGCAGUUACACUCCAACUGCAAAGUCUCUUCAUACACGAGACUUACCUCCACUAAAGGGGCAACGUCCACAAAAAUCACUUAUGUUGGAUGAAGAUGGAAAGCUUAAAUAUCCACCCAAAUUGAGAAGAGUUGAAGUGAAGAAAACAGAUAUAACACAGACAAAAGAAUUACCAACACCAGGAAUUGUCAAACUACGUGAUCUGCUUACUGGAAAGUAUCAUGAACAGAAGAUCCUGAAUGAAGAGAAAAGACUAAAAGAGAAAACAAAGUCAUCUCAGAAGAAGGAACUGAAAAAGAAACAAAUCUAUGAAGUACAGACACAGUUAUUGGCCCAACUGGAAGCUGCAGAACCAAUCCACCCUGAUGAUCAAUUGAAUAUGCUUAAAUAUAUCGUUGAGUGUGAACAAGGUCUGCCGGUAAGAGAAGAAGAUAUUCGCCGUGUACAGUACUAUCUUGCAGAGGGUAUCAUGGAUGACAUGGUAGAACUAUAUCCACAGGAUCUAUUAUGUGAAGCUAAGAAGAGAGUAGCCGAUAAGCAUUUAUUUCAAGGAAAAUACUGCUCUUUAUUGGAUGAAAUGGAAACCGAGAUCAUAAGCGAUUAUAAUUUGAGUCUUCGCAAAGCUAUAUUGGAUUACAUCCUACUGGAUCCUGAGGAAAGGAAAUAUCUGAACAUUCACACCUAUCCUACAAGUUAUCCAUCAAUUGCCAUACGAGCUCCAGUUCCAUGGCAUAGUACUUUUGUGAUAUCCAGUCAUGUGUUAUGUCAUAAACUUUUCACUGUAAAUCCUAUUUUAUUAUGCCUGAGGGAUUUAUGGGAAUUUCAAUAUUCCAGCAUGGUUAUUGUGUCAGUAGAUCAGUUGAGGAAAGAGUUUCCUCCUCCUCUUGAGGCCAAAACACUAGAGACUGCAGUAGACAAUUACUGUAAAGAAUCUAGGAAUGUUCUUUUGUCUCGGUGGUUACCACAGUGUGCAGAAAUAUUCCUGGAAAUGAAGGAUUGCUGGAGUCAUAUAGUGCCUGAAAAAGAAGGGGAAUCACUCAAGAUAAUUAAAUUAUUCUUUGACUGUGUGUGUGCACUUAUGUCCAUGCAAAUUCGCCAGCUGGUUAUGAAGUCCCUGUACCAUUUUCUAGACUUAAUCAUGAUGUAUAAAGGUGGUAAUGACUUUGGUGAUGAGUUUAAGGACUGCAAGUUGAAUAACACACCAUUGGUGACAAUAUAUGUGAAACCAGUUGUGGGGACAAAGGAUCUUAUAUUUGAACCAGACCUUCAUGAUAUAAGAGGUUUGGUAAAGCUUUGCUUUGAGAAGAUUAUAGAGGUGAACCAGAAACUGCCCCGAAUAGAUUGUCUCCUUUUCCCUGAAUUGGCGACCUCAAACCUCUGUCUUCAUGCUGUUGCUGCUUGUGAAGAAGAGGUGUGUAAUGUCACAGUGGAAGCUUUAGCAAGUUUUGACACCAAUCUCAUAGGACCAUGUUCCUAUCUUAAGAUGUAUGGAACAUACCUUCCUGUUCUAAAUGGUGAAGCUGAAAGUGCCAUGAUGAAGUUCAUGAAAACUGAUCCCUUCCCAUCGUUGAAAGAUUUUACCAGAAGAAUCGAAAAAUAUGAAGCACUGAAAUGUGAAAUCUGUUUCCUGAGACGCUCAAUUCCUCUCAACAUCAUCUGUCUUGACUGUAGUGAGCUGAAUGACAUUCUAUGGAAAAUGGUGGAUGAUUUAAGAACAUAUUUGGUUAAUUAUCAUAUUGAGAACAAUCGAACACAUAACAGAGAAAUUUGUGACAUGUUUGAUGAGAUAUCAAAUCGAGCCAGUGAACUUCCUGAAACGACAGCAGAACUUGUUGAAUUGCAAAAUUAUCUGAAUGAGUGUCGAGAUGUGAUCAUGUGUAACCUGAAGGAAAAAAUUCGAAUUUCUGCGGGAAAUGUCUUAUUCCUCAUGCAGCACGCUUUGCUGUCACAAGAAGAUAUCCAUUUGAACUCACGAACUUUCUUGUGGCCUAAAGAUAUGGAAGCUGUAUUAGAAUUCAGCCAAGCUCGGCUAUCACAUCGUAGAGAUAUGGUGGAAGGAGUUUUGAGAUCAAAACGAUCUGAUUUUGAUGCAAAGCUUUUGCUACAUCAAAAGGAACUAGAAAUUUUCAAAAAGAAAGAUCCACCAAUUUUGACAAAGGAAGAAAUGGAAGAGAAUGUUCAAAUUAUAGAACAAAUAAUGCAGCUCUUAGAAGAAGAUAAAAAAGAAGCAGAGGCUAUAAAUGAAGAAGAACAACUAUUAGAUUUUGAUCCUUCUCCUUUCUUAGUUUUAAAAGCCAUGUUAAGUGUUGCAGAGCCUUUGGAUCGGUUGUGGCAUAUUGUAUAUAAUUUCCAUAUUAAUUAUGAUAAAUGGUAUUAUGGACCAUUCCUGAUUUUGGAUGCAGAUUAUGUUAAAGAUGAAGUAGAUGUAAUGUGGCAGACAUUGUACAAGUUAGCUAAAAUUCUGUAUGACAUUCCUGGGGCAAAGCGUGUUGCUGAGAUGAUUCGUGCAAAAGUGGAGAAGUUCCGCCAAUAUAUGCCCCUCCUGCAAGUAAUCUGCAACAAGGGUCUUCAAGAAAGGCAUUGGCAACAGAUGAGUAAAUUUGUGGGAAUUGAAUUGAAACCUACCAUGGAAUCAACCCUGUCAGAAAUGAUUGACCUUGGACUUUUGCAAUAUGUUGCAAAACUGGAAGAAAUUGCAGUAGCAGCCAGUAAAGAACAUGCUUUGGAACAUAAUCUCUUUAAAAUGAAACAGGAAUGGGAUGAUGUCGAAUUUGAACUAGUACCCUACAGAGAUUCAAGUGUGGACAUUCUCUCAGCAGUAGAUGACAUACAGGUGAUGUUGGAUGAUAACAUUCUUAAAGCACAGACGAUGCGUGGUUCCCCAUAUGUUAAAGCUUUUGAGGCUGAAAUGCAAGCUUGGGAGUCAAAACUUAUAUCUAUGCAAGACAUAUUAGAUGCUUGGUUAGAGUGCCAAGCUACUUGGUUAUACUUAGAACCAAUCUUUGGUUCUGAAGAUAUAAUGCGCCAGAUGCCAGAAGAGUCAAGAAAGUUCCGUAAAGUAGACAAGACCUGGAAAGGCAUCAUGCUGAACACAAAGGCUGAUAAACAUGUUCUAAGGGCAACUGAUUAUGAAAACAUGCUUGAUUUACUGAGAGAAAACAAUACUCUGCUGGAUGAAAUUCAGAAGGGACUGAAUGAUUAUUUGGAGAAAAAGAGGUUGUUCUUCCCACGGUUUUUCUUUCUGUCAAAUGAUGAGCUCCUGGAGAUCCUGUCCGAGACAAAGGAACCCUUGCGUGUUCAGCCAUAUUUAAAGAAAUGCUUUGAGGGGAUCAACCUUUUGCAGUUUACUAGAGAGGAAGUUAUAACUGGAAUGGUCUCAGCUGAGAAGGAAAUAUUUCCUCUUAGUGGACAGAUUGUUCCUGCUGAUGCAAAGGGUAUGGUUGAAAAGUGGCUGUCCCAAGUGGAGCAGCAGAUGGUACAGUCUGUGAAAGACUCCUGUAUGAUGGCAGUGCAAGAUUACUUUAAGUCACCACGCAGUAAGUGGUUGCUGAAGUGGCCUGGUCAGGUUGUCAUAUGUGGAAACUGCAUACACUGGACUGCUGAAGUCACUGAGGCAAUGGAAAAUAGGAAACUUCCUGAAUACAUUACUAAAUCCAGCAAUCAAAUGGAUGAAAUGGUGGAAAUGGUGAGAGGACAGUUGACUUCUGGUGCUCUCAUCACAAUCUGUGCUCUUAUCGCUAUCAAUGUGCAUGCUCGAGAUGUGGUUCAGAAUCUGCAUGAUUUGAAAAUAUCUUCACCUAAGGAUUUCAGCUGGAUUAGUCAACUUCGUUACUAUUGGGUAGAGGACCAUAUUGUUGUAUCAAUGGUCACUACAGAUGUUAUGUAUGGUUUUGAAUACCUUGGCAACACUCCACGUCUUGUUAUUACACCCCUCACUGACAGAUGCUACAGAACACUGAUUGGUGCUCUGCGUUUACAUCUGGGAGGAGCACUUGAUGGUCCCGCUGGAACAGGGAAAACAGAAACUACUAAGGAUGUAGCAAAAGCUGUGGCAAAACAGUGCAUUGUAUUCAACUGCUCGGAUGGACUGGACUACAAAACCAUGGGAAAAUUUUUUAAGGGUGUAGCACAGUCAGGAGCUUGGGCUUGUUUUGAUGAAUUCAACCGUAUUGAUUUGGAAGUGCUGUCAGUAGUGGCUCAACAGAUACUGAGUAUCAAGAUGGCUGUUGACCAGAACUUGGGAAGAUUUGUCUUUGAAGGAACAGAGAUAUCUCUUGAAAGGACCUGCUCAAUCUUCAUUACCAUGAAUUCAGGGUAUGUAAGUCGACAAGAUUUACCAGAUAAUUUAAAGGUGUUAUUCAGAACUGUAGCUAUGAUGGUACCUGAUUAUGCCAUGAUUGGUGAGAUUUAUCUCUACUCUGUGGGAUUCUUGGAUGCUAGAAGUCUUGCAGUGAAGAUUGUGCAUACAUACAAGCUUUGCUCAGAGCUGUUGUCUUCUCAGAAUCAUUACGACUAUGGGAUGCGGGCUGUUAAAACUGUGCUUACUGCUGCUGGCAAUCUCAAGCUCAAAUAUAAGGAUCUGGAUGAAUCUGUGCUUGUACUUCAGGCCAUCAUUGAUGUUAAUCUAUCAAAGUUCCUUGCAGAGGAUGCAUCCUUAUUUGAGGGGAUCUAUUCAGAUCUCUUCCCAGGGGUUGAACUUCCACAACCAGAUCAUGAUGAGCUUGUGAGUUCUCUGAAAGAAUGCAUUGCAAAUCAUAACCUCCAAGCCACAUCUUGGUUCUUGGAGAAGAUCCUUCAAAUUUAUGAGAUGACUCUUAUACGACAUGGCCUUAUGAUUGUAGGAAUGCCUAUGGGUGGCAAAAGUUGCUCAUAUCAGGUGCUGGCUGAAGCUUUGACAGCUAUAAGAGAUAACACAGAGUCAACCUUGGAGGAAUUCAGAGUUCAGUAUCGAAUUAUUAAUCCAAAAGCAAUUACCCUGGGACAGCUGUAUGGGUGUUUUCAUCCGGUGUCACAUGAAUGGUCUGAUGGUGUGUUGGCCAGUAUAUUUCGAGAAUAUGCAGCUUCCCCUACUCUUGACCGCAAGUGGAUUUUAUUUGAUGGACCAGUUGAUGCUGUGUGGAUUGAGAGCUUGAACACAGUUCUAGAUGACAAUAAGAAACUCUGCCUUGUGUCUGGGGAGAUAAUUCAGAUGUCAAAGAAGAUGAACUUGAUCUUUGAGACUGCUGACCUAGCAGAGGCUUCACCAUCAACCGUAUCCCGUUGUGGCAUGAUUUACUUCGAACCAAGUCAGUUGGGUUGGCAGGCUCUCCAUGCUUCUUAUUGCAGUGUACUUAAGGAGAAAGUGAUACCAGAACAGCUAGAGUUACUUGAUAAAUUGAUACAAUGGCUGGUGCCUGCCAUCUUAAAAUUUGUCAUGCACCCACCUUGCAAACUCUUUGUUGUAACUUCAGAACUUCAUCUUUAUAAUUCCUUCUCCUUGUUACUAACUUCCAUGUUGGAAGGGGAAACCCAAGUCAGCACUGUGUGGUUGCAAUGCAUACUUGUUUUCUGUCUGUUGUGGGGUUUUGGAGCUACCAUGACAGGUUUAAGCAGAAAAAUGUUUGAUACAUUUUAUAGAGCAUUGCUUAGUGGGCAAAAUGCAGACUACCCAAAGCCCAAAGUAUUCAAGUUAGCCAGAAACCAGCUCUUUCCUGAACGUGCUCUUGUCUUUGAAUGGAUUUAUGACAAGAAAAAUAAUGGUACCUGGAUUCCAUGGACAGAUAUUGUGGAUAAGGCACAGAUUCAGUUGGCGCCAACUGCCAAGGUGACUGAGCUUAUCAUCCAGACAACUGAAUCAGCAUGUCAGUCAUUCUUCUUGAAGAUGAUGUUAGAAGCAAAGAUUCCUAUUUUAUUUGUUGGUCCAACUGGAACGGGCAAAUCUGCAGUUGUUCUCAACUAUCUCAUGAAUCUCCCUAGAGAUAAAUUUCUCCCCAGUGUGGUCAGCUUCUCUGCUCAAAUAUCAGCAAACCAGACACAAGAAAGUAUCAUGUCUAAAUUAGACAGGCGCAGGAGAGGAGUCUAUGGUCCCUCUAUGGGAAAACAGUGUGUGCUGUUUGUGGAUGACCUCAGUAUGCCACAGAAGGAAAUUUAUGGUGCUCAGCCGCCAGUUGAAUUGCUGAGACAGUGGAUUGAUCAUGGACAUUGGUUUGAUCUCAGAGAUAAAUCAAAAUUGGAACUUGUUGAUAUUUUAUUUGUGGCAGCCAUGGGACCUCCUGGAGGUGUCUCAGAUGAAGUUUCACAACGAUUUACUAGGCAUAUGUUUAUUUUUUCUAUUGAUUCUUUUGAAGACAAAACCAUUGAUAGGAUUUUCUGUUCCAUCUUGGAUUGGCAUUUAGCCAAGGGCUUUGAUGCUAAUAUUGCAAAACGAUCAAAGAUGCUGGUGGGAGCUACAUUGGAAGUGUAUAAAAAUGCAGUGAUGCAGUUCUUACCAACCCCUUCUAAACCACAUUAUAACUUCAAUUUACGGGAUUUCUCACGUGUAAUACAAGGUGUACUCUUGGUUCCAAAUACUCAUCUAAUUGAGCCUCAGAAACUCCUCAGACUUUGGAUUCAUGAAUGUUUUCGAGUUUUCUGUGACAGAUUGGUUAACAAGGAGGACAGGACACAGCUCUUUGAUAUUGUGAAGAGAGCAUGCUACCAGAAUUUUCAUCAGAAGAUGGAUAAAAUAUUAGCUGAUCUUCUUCCUGAAGGUGAACAUGCCCUCAAGGAAUCACACAUCAGAUGUCUUUUCUUUGGUAAUUACAUGGAGCCUGAUGCUAACCCCAAGAUAUAUGAUGAGGUAAAGGACUUGAAUUUGCUGACUGAGAAAAUGAAUUACUACUUAGAUGAGUACAACCUCCAGUCACAAACACCAAUGUCAUUGGUCAUGUUCCAGUAUGCUAUUGAACAUAUUUCACGUGUCAGUCGUGUCUUACAGCAAGAUAAUGGACAUAUACUCUUGGUGGGGAUUGGUGGCUCAGGAAGGCAGAGUUGUACCAAAUUAGCAGCAAGUAUGAUGGAAUACACAUUAUUUCAGAUUGAGAUUAGACAGACCUAUGGAGAGUCAGAGUGGAAGAAUGAUUUGAAAGCUCUUAUGAAGAAGGCUGGUGGAGAAGGAAAACCAACUGUUUUCUUGUUAACUGACUCUCAGAUAAAGGAUGAAUCAUUUGUUGAAGAUAUUAACAUGAUCCUCAACACUGGAGAUGUACCAAAUCUUUAUGCUUCUGAUGAAAAAGCUGAAAUAUUAGAGUUGAUGCAGACUGCAGUCAGGAUGUUGGGUAAGAAGAUUGAACUUACCCCACUGGCAUUAUAUAACUUCUUCAUUGAUAGAAUAAGGGUGAACCUUCAUGUGGCAUUAGCAGUGUCGCCCAUUGGAGCCUCAUUUCGAAACAGACUGCGGAUAUUUCCAUCACUUGUUAAUUGCUGUACUAUUGAUUGGUUUAGUGCUUGGCCAGAAGAUGCACUGGAACUUGUUGCAAACAAAUUUUUAAAACAGAUUGACAUGGAAUCUGAAAUAAGAAAUAACUGUGUGGAAAUGUGCAAGCACUUUCAUACUAGUGUCAGCAACAUUUCGAAAAGAUAUUAUGUGGAACUUAAAAGGCACAGUUAUGUUACUCCAACAUCAUACCUGGAGCUGAUCACAUGUUUUAAGAGUCUCUACGACAUGAAAAUAGAGAAAAUCACAACACAAAGGGACAGAUAUGAAGUGGGACUCGAGAAACUGGACUUUGCUGCUGGGCAGGUUGGACUGAUGCAAGAUGAACUGCAUGUGCUACAACCACAGCUGAUUGACACAUCAGAAAAAACUGAGAAACUCAUGAUCAAAAUUGAACAAGAUACAGUUGUUGUGGAAGCCAAGAAAGAGAUUGUUGGUGCUGAUGAAGCGUUAGCCAAUGAGGCUGCUGCAGCUGCCCAAGCUAUCAAAGAUGACUGUGAAAGUGAUCUCGGUGAAGCCAUACCAGCACUGGAUUCAGCACUACAAGCCCUUGAUACACUGAAACCUCCAGACAUCACUAUUGUGAAGUCAAUGAAAAAUCCUCCUGCUGGAGUUAAACUGGUUAUGGAAGCUGUGUGUGUUAUGAAAGGGGUAAAACCUGAAAGAAAACCAGACCCAAGUGGUUCUGGAAGGAUUAUAGAAGAUUAUUGGGCUCCUUCAUUGAAAGUUCUUGCUGAUUUUAAGUUUCUAGAAACACUAAAGACAUAUAAUAAAGACAGUAUUCCUCCAGCUGUCAUGAAGAAAAUCAGGGAGAAGUACAUUCCAGACCGAGAUUUUGAUCCAAACAUAAUAAAAAAUGUGUCAACAGCUUGUGAGGGAUUGUGUAAAUGGGUGAGAGCUAUGGAGGUGUAUGACCGUGUCAUUAAGAUUGUUGCUCCAAAGAAAGCAAAGCUAGCUGAAGCUGAAGCUGAACUUGCUGGUCAGAUGGACAAUCUUAAUGAGAAAAGAGCUCAGCUACAAGAGGUAACAGAUAAACUUCAAGCCCUUAAUGAUGAAUUUGCUGCCAUGACAAAGAAAAAGAAGGAACUAGAGGAUGCUAUUGAUAUUUGUUCUCAAAAGUUAGAUCGUGCUGAGAAGUUAAUAGGUAGCUUGGGAGGUGAGAAGGCCCGUUGGAGUGAAGCAGCAAAAUUUUUACACGGAACACUGCACAAUGUAGUUGGAGAUGUUCUGUUGGCAGCAGGGGCUAUAGCUUAUUUUGGACCCUUCACAGUGGAUUUUAGACAGGAACUUAUGACUGGCUGGAACAAGUUGUGCACAAAACUUGGCAUUCCUUGUGCUGAUAACUUCUCACUGAUAGCAACACUUGGUGAACCUGUUGUUAUUAGAGCAUGGAAUAUUGCUGGACUUCCUGUUGACAGUUUCUCUGUUGAUAACGGCAUCAUAGCCUUCAGUACUCAUAGAUGGCCAUUAAUGAUUGAUCCACAAGGUCAGGCUAAUAAAUGGGUUAAAAACAUGGAAAAGGGAAGCAGAUUACAAGUAAUCAAGUUAACUGAUACAAAUUACAUUCAAGUCAUGGAAAAUGCCAUUCAGAUUGGGCUACCAGUAAUUUUGGAAAAUAUUUCAGAAGAAAUCGAUGCUGUGCUUGAGCCAGUUCUGGUGAAGCAGAUUUACAGGCAAGGAGGUGUGGAUAUGAUUCGACUGGGUGAUAGAAUACUGGAAUAUUCACCUGAUUUCCGAUUUUACAUCACAACAAGACUGCGCAACCCGCACUAUCGCCCUGAAAUUGCAGUGAAGGUAACAUUACUUAACUUCAUAAUUACUCCACAAGGGCUUCAGGACCAGCUGUUAGGCAUUGUGGUGGCGAAAGAACGACCUGAUCUGGAGGAGAAGAAGAAUGAAAUCAUUAUUGAAAGUGCCAGUAACAAGAGGCAGCUUAAGGAUAUUGAAGAUAAAAUUCUAGACGUUCUUUCCGCAUCUAAGGGAAAUAUACUAGAGGAUGAAACAGCAUUACAAAUCUUGUCUUCAUCAAAACUGUUGUCUGAAGAGAUUAAAGCCAAGCAGGAGAUAGCUGCAAAAGCAGAGAAGGAAAUCGAUGGGGCUAGAAAUGAGUACAAGCCUGUAUCCAAACAUUCAUCUAUAUUAUUUUUCUGCAUAUCUGAACUGGCAAACAUAGACCCCAUGUAUCAGUAUUCCCUCAUAUGGUUCUUACAUCUGUACACACAGUCAAUCAGUAACAGUGAAAAGUCACCAGUGUUAAGUGAGCGAUUGGAGAGCCUAAACAAUCACUUCACUCUCAGCAUUUACCGAAAUGUAUGUCGGUCUCUUUUUGAAAAGGAUAAACUAACAUUUUCCUUUGUAUUGUGCAUUGAAAUUCUUCGUGCGAAGAAACAAAUUGAUGAAGAUGAGUGGACAUUUCUUCUCACUGGAGGCAUAACAUCAGAUAAUCCACACCCAAAUCCUGCACCAGAUUGGUUGUCAGAUAAGUCCUGGUCUGAAGUUGUUCGUGCAUCUGAUUUGACAUCGCUUAAAGAACUGAAGACCUCAAUCAAGAGCAAUAUUACUGCUUGGAAAGCAUAUUACAAUGCCAUCAGUCCUCAAGAUGCCAAGUGUCCAACACCUUUUGACACAGUUCAAGAUCUUACCAAACUUGUGGUGUUACGGUGUUUACGUCCAGACAAGAUUGUGCCUGCUGUUCAGUACCACAUAGCACAGCACAUGGGUAAAACCUAUAUAGAGCCUCCACCCUUUGAUCUGCUGGACUCUUACAAGGACUCCAAUUGCUGCUCUCCUCUUAUCAUAAUCCUCUCCCCUGGUGCUGACCCAAUGGCAGGAUUGCUGAAGUUUGCUGGAGACCAAGAUUAUAAGGCUAGACAGCUGCAAACAUUAUCACUUGGACAAGGCCAGGGUCCGAGAGCAGCGACAAUGAUAAAUGCAGCCAUCAAGCUUGGACAUUGGGUUGUUCUACAAAACUGUCACCUUGCAGCCAGCUGGAUGUCAGAACUAGAACGCAUAUGUGAUGACAUAAUAAUUCCUGAAACAACACAUGAGAAGUUUCGACUCUGGCUGACCAGCUACCCAUCUUCAGAUUUCCCUGUUUCCAUUCUGCAGAAUGGUGUAAAGGUAACUAAUGAAACACCAAAAGGCUUGAAGAACAACCUUUUGCACUCUUACAUGACAAAUCCUAUUUCUGAUCCAACAUUCUUCAGUGCAUGUUUAAAACUCAGGGAAUGGCAGAAGCUACUAUACGGUUUGUGCUUCUUCCAUGCUGUGAUACAGGAGAGACGACAGUUUGGGCCUUUAGGUUGGAACAUACCCUAUGAAUUUAAUGAAUCUGAUCUACAGAUCAGUGUCAUGCAACUGCAGAUGUUUUUGAAUGACUAUGAUGAAGUUCCCUUUGAUGCACUUACAUAUCUCACAGGGGAAUGUAACUACGGAGGUCGAGUAACUGAUGACAAGGACAGACGACUUCUGCAAUCUCUGCUAUCUGUAUACUGUAAUAAAGAUAUAGUAUACACUCCUAGAUAUUCAGUUUCACCAAAUGGGGAGUACUAUAUACCAGAAGACAGUGACCAAGAAGGUGCUAUAUGUUUUAUCCAGAACCUACCAGUAGAAUCUUCACCUGAAGUGUAUGGUUUAAAUGAAAAUGCAGGCAUAACUAAGGAUAAUAAGGAGACGUUGCAGUUACUUAAUGGUGUAUUGCUGACACAAACACAAAUCACUGGAGGUGGUGGUGUUGAUGAGAAAGAUGAAAUGAUCACUGAGCUAGCCACAGAUAUUCUGGGUAAGGUGCCAAAGCCAUUUGAUGUCGAAGCUGUUGCAGAACGUUAUCCUGCGUUGUAUACUGACUCUAUGAACACUGUAUUGAGACAGGAGUUAAUUCGUUUCAACCAGCUAAUUGAAGUCAUACGAGAGACACUGAUGAAUGUGCAGAAAGCUCUGAAAGGGCUGGUUGUUAUGUCACCUGAGCUGGAGGAAAUUCAUAAGAACAUUUUGAUGGGACAAGUGCCUACUUCUUGGACAAAGAAGUCAUAUCUUUCCCUCAAACCUCUUGGCAGUUAUGUCACUGACUUUCUUUUGAGGUUGAAAUUCCUACAGGACUGGAUAGACCAUGGCACACCUGAAGUGUUUUGGUUGUCUGGCUUUUAUUUCACCCAGUCAUUCCUUACAGGAGUCCUACAGAAUUAUGCCCGAAAAUACAAGAUACCCAUAGACAAUCUUGCUUUUGAAUUUGAGAUUUUGAAUGUAGAAAUGGGCAUGAAGGAUGAACCUUCAUUUGAUGUUUAUUGUAAGCAGAAGGCUGAAUUUGAUGUAUUUUUUGAGGGGCUGUAUUUGGAAGGAGCCCGGUGGGAUAGACAGCUAAGAGAAUUAAAUGAAUCAUUACCCAAAAUUCUUUAUGAUAUUGUGCCAAUUAUUUGGUUGAAACCAGGUGUAAAAGCACAGUUGGCAUUGGAGCCCUGUUAUCAUUGCCCUGUAUACAAGACCAGUGCUCGAAGGGAAAUCCUGUCAACAACUGGUCAUUCUACCAACUUCAUUAUGUACAUGGACUUUCUCACUUCAAGGCCAGAACAACACUGGAUAAAUCGUGGGGUUGCCAGCCUUUGUCAGCUGGAUGACUAAUUCAUUCAUACAUUAAUUUUAUUUAGCAUUCAUAAUUGUUACAGCAGUAACACUUGAACAUGUCACAUCAUUAAAUACAUCAUUCUUGAAAUCCUUUUGCCCAAAUGCUUAAAGGAUUGGAAUUUGUCAAUAAUAAAUAUGAUGUAUGUAGGCAAUACGCAUAUUUAUAUCUUGUAAUAUUCAUAUGCACCAUAUCAGUGCAUUUAAACAUUUUAUAAUAAGUAUAUUAUUUCAUAUUGUAACGUGUUUGGCUACUGAAGACGCCGUUUGUAUUAGUAAUUGCGUUUAUUAACCAGUUACACACACUCUCUUUAGUUACACUCAAAUACAUGUAAUACAGUGCUAUUGCUGAUUUUCACUCAUUCCGUAAGUUAAGGUGCUCUUGGAACGUGCGGCCAAUUACGAUCACGUUAAAGUACAUAAGACAUAAAUCAUAUGCGAGACUUCGCAGGACUGUCUCCAUUAGCCUCUCGAAGGUCGCUGGAGUGUUUCACAGGCCAUAGGGCAUGACUAUGAACUGCCAUAACCCUUGACCUGUCAAAAACGCUGUUUUCGUCUUGUCUGGGUGUACAUCGACUUGCCAAUAGCUGCUCUUCAGAUCAAGAGUGGAAAACCAUUUGGCUCCAGCCAGCGUGUCCAGGGUGUAGUGGAAGGCAAUCUUUUUUUGUGAUGUCAUUCAGCUUUCUGUAAUCCACACAGAAACAGAUUUCCUCAUUCUUCUUCCUAACCAAAACGACUGGGGACGACCAGGGGCUGUCCGAUUCUUCUAUAACCCCUUGCCGUUGCAUGUUGUCAGGCAUUUCUUUUACAUCCACUUGUUUUGCCAUGGAUACUCUUCUCAGGGGCUGUUGAAUUGGUAGGGCGUCUCCCAUAUCUAUGCGGUGAUACACUUUGCUAGUCCUCCCAUAGUCCUUGUUAUCUCCAGCAAAAAUGUCAGCGUACUCGGCCAGGAGUUCUUUCAGUUCCUGAAAUUCUUCGUUGGUUAGGUGUGACCUGGCCAUUAUGAUUACAUCCUCUAAUUUUGAGCUUAGGUCUUGGGCCUGGUGCUGCCCCACAUCAGGCAGAGUCACCAGUGUGACUGGCUCACAGUGUGCCAGAGGGGAUCCUCUCAUAAGCUUUUGGUCCCAAUGUGUAACAUUCAAGACCCUCACUGGAACCUCCUGACAGUCUUGAACCACCGUCCUGGCUAUGUAGAUUCCUUCAGGUGGAUGGACAUGCGAGCUUGGUUCUACUAGACCAUUUUCUACUCCAAGGGGGUUUUCCAUUCUAGCCAUCACUAUUCCCUCGCACUCUGUGGGUAUCAUAUCCUUGGCCACUACCAGGCCAGAAGGACUGGGUCCCGCUCCCAGGCUCCAUAAUGAUACCUCUUCCUCUGCCAGGCACAGUGUUUGGCACCCUAUGUCCACAGAUGCAUCAUAGGCAUGCAAUAUGUCCAGUCCCAAGAUUAGCUAAUCGGUGAUAUUCGCAAUGAAAACCCACAACCUGAGCGGGCAGCGCCCCAGGGUGAGAGUUAGCAGAACUUCUUUCAAAAUGGGUAGGAAUUCCCCAGACACAGUCUGCAGCGUGAAACCUGGAUUUGGCUGUCUUUCAGGCCAUCCAGCGGCGAUGUCCGGCCUUCCACCAUAAUGUAUGCUCCAGUAUGCACUGUCACCCGGCAUGGUUUGUCACAAACUGAGCCCUGGGUGAUGAGACAAGUGUCUGUUUUUUUUGUGAAGUAGGUCAGUGCAUAAUGGGGGGGUCUUAAUGCAUAUGCCAGUGUCUACCCUGUUCUGCCAGCCCUCGCCCAUUUCCCGACAGUUGAUCACUCCCACUCGUUUCUCUGUUGUUACUUGGUCGCCAUUCCGAUCUUCUCGGUGAUUCCCGUUUGUCUCUUGGUGGCCCACCAUCUCGUUUCUGGCGCUGGUUAUUCUCUGUUUUUCUUCCAUAGGGGCAGUUACUCUCAAAAUGGCCUGGUUCUCCACAGGUCCAGCACCCUGAUUGUUGUGCUUCUUUUCAUCAGGAGGGUGAUCAGUUCCCCCAGUACGUUUUGGUGUUAUUCUGAUGGGGUCUUGCGGCUACUAGUACGGCCUGUAAUAGUUCUAGUGCCUGUCUGAAGUCCUCGUUUACUGUCUUUUCUCCUACCAGCAGUAGCUGAAUUUUUAUAUCAGGGUCUUUUACCCUGUAUGCAAAAAAUUUCCCUGCCUCCCUCCUUAUACGGUCUUCAGGCAGAGUGGGGUAGCCUCAAUGGGAAAGCUGUUCAAUGGCUAUAGCAAAGUCUUGCAGGGAUUCCCGGCCUUCUGAGUUCUUGUUGUUAACUGAUAGCGGUAAGCGGCUGCAAAGUGUUGGUCUUUUUGUCUGACAAAAGAAAUCAUACAAAAAUAAAAGACACUUCAUGAAGACUGCAUACAUAUCUGCAUAGAGUGAAAAACGUUUCAAAUAAAACUCAUAGAGAAGUAGGAUGCAUAUUUUAUUCAUAAUAUUCUUUCUUCACGAGUCAUGUGGUUUUGAGAUAUUAAACAAGACCUGUUACACUAUGCAUACAUUUUCUAGGCAGUUAUCAACAGUGGUGUGAACACACAAGAUCACCAGUCAGCAGUGCAUUUCCACAGACAUGCAAAAUUACCAAAGUCUGUUAUUCUAGGUAAUAAUUAAACUAAGCUUCAUCCCAUUUGAAUUUAUAGGUCUGCAUGUACAUAAAUGUAUAUGUAACUGGAAUAGGAUUUUACAUAAUAGCAUAAAUGCUUUUGGAGCUUAUCUGAAUAAAUAUUUAAAAUAUUUCAGUUUACUGCAAUAAAUAGUUGAAGUUCAACAUCAGCAUGUUAUGCAUAAUUCCUUCUAUUGGGUGCUUGUUAGGUGUACACUAUGUAUAUUGUUACUGUCUGCUGUAGAAAAUGAGAUCCCAAUUCUGUAUUAAUAAAUGAAAAUUGCAAAUUCUC